GUUGCUGUCCCCCCGGCCCAGCCUGCUCAACACUGCCAGUGAUGCCAGGCUGAACUCCUCGCCACAGAAGCCACUGGACCUGAAGCAGCUGAAGCAGCGUGCUGCUGCCAUCCCUCCCAUUAUUUCCGAGGGUUUCUCGGAGGGGAUACUGCAGAGUGGAAGUGUGAAGCCUCAGGUGCCUCCCCAUGCCUUGGCCCUCUACCAGCAGCAGAUCACAAAAGCCCACGAAUCUGCCCGUGAAGACAUACCCCCAGGCAAGCUCUCCCAGUCCCAGCAGCAGCAGGCUGAGAAGGAGCAGCAGCAGCCAAGCAGCAGUCCCAGGGGAAAGAGCAGGAGCCCCGCUGUUGGUGACAAGGAAGAAAAGUCCGUGCAUUUCUCCUCCAUCGCAGAGGCUCAGAAGCUGAGCGCGGAGCCGAUGGCUGCCUCGUGCUGGCCGCCCGUCCUCUCCUACUCCCGGGAUGUGAUAAAAACCUCUCCCCAGGCAGAGCCCCACUUGUUUCAGUAUAACCCGCCAGGACACCCCAUCCCACUAAACCUGCAUGAGAGCUCUCGCUCAGGGCUGCAGAGACUAGCAAGCAUCUCCAACCCUCCUCCCCUCAUCUCCUCCACCAAGCACCCCUCGGUGCUAGAGAGACCCGUUGGAUCCAUUUCCCAGGGCAUGCCCAUCCAGCUCCACGCACCCUACAGCUCUGAGCACGCCAAGGUCCCUGUUGGCUCCAUCACCAUGGGCCUGCCGCUGACCAUGGAUCCCAAGAAACUGGUGCCUUUUCCUGGAGUAAAGCAGGAACAACUUUCUCCUAGAAGCCAGGCCAGUCAGCCAGAAAGUCUGGUUCUGCAGCCGUCCCAGGAGGGCUCCAUCCUGCGGGGUACUUCCCUCAGCUCUGCCUCAGGAGGGAGCAUCACCAAGGGAACACCAACAUCCAGACCGCCUCCGGAGUCACCCAUCACCUACCGAGGGUCCAUCACACAUGGCACCCCAGCAGAAGUGCUGUACAAAGGAACCAUUACCAGGAUAAUCGGAGAAGACAGCCCCAGCAGAGCAGAGAAGGCAAGAGAGGAUGCUGUGCCCAAAGGACAUGUCAUCUACGAAGGGAAGAAAGGCCACGUGCUGUCCUACGAGGGUGGAGUUGCUGCUUCUCAGUGUCCCAAAGAAGACAGCAGGAGCUCAGGAGCUUUGCAUGAGACCACAGGAACCAAGCGGACCUACGAUAUGAUGGAGGGGAGGAUCAGCCGGGGCUUAUCAGCCCGUGAUACCUUAUCUGCCAGCAUUGAAGGGCUCAUGGGUCGAGCAAUCCCUCCAGACCGACACAGUCCCCAUAACCUAAAGGAGCAGCAUCACAUGCGGGGCUCAAUUACACAAGGAAUACCUCGGUCCUACGUGGAGGCUCAUGAGGACUACCUCAGAAGAGAAGCCAAACAGCUCAAGAGGGAAAACACUCCACCGAGGGACUUAUCUGAUGCCUACAAGGUCAGGUCUCACGAGGGCCUUACACCUCUGAAAAUGAAACCAGCCCAUGAAGACCUGGUGGCCACAGUGAAAGAAGCAGGAAGAUCAAUCCAUGAGAUACCCCGGGAGGAGCUUAGGCGGACACCAGACAUCUCUCUGACAAGACCUCUGAAGGAAGGCUCCAUCACGCAGGGUACCCCACUGAAGUACGACAGCGGUUCCUCCUCCUCGAGUACCAAAAAGCACGACGUGCGGUCCAUCAUCGGCAGUCCCGGCAGGACUUUUCACUCUGUGCACUCACUGGAUGUCAUCCAAGACCCGAGGAAUCUGGAGAGAGCUUACGAAGAGAGCCUGAAAAACAGGCCAAGCCCAGUGACAAACUCGGGUGGCUCCAUUGCCAGAGGGGCUCCUGUGAUUGUGCCUGAGCCAGGCAAGCCCCACCAAAGUGCCCUCUCCUAUGAGGACCACCAGGCAGGGCACAGCACGGCAUUUGGCAGCCACUUGCACAGGGUGUCCCCGGUGUCCACACGAGAGUCCACACCACGGCAGCAUGAAGGGAGCAUCACUGCCGGGAAGCCGGUGUCCCAGGACAGAAAGAUCACCCCCACAUCAAGAGAGCUCAACAACUCCAAGUCUCCACAUGCCCCUGUGGCUGACCACCACCACCCCAUCUCCCCAUACGAGCACCUGCUCCGUGGUGUGAGUGGGGUCGACCUGUACCGAGGACACAUCCCACUGGCUUUUGACCCCGCCGCCAUCCCGAGGGGAAUCCAACUGGAAGCAGCUGCUGCCUACUACCUGCCGAGGCAUCUGGCUCCGAGCCCCACGUACCCCCACCUCUACCCCCCGUACCUCAUCCGGGGCUACCCGGACACGGCUGCCAUGGAGAACCGACAGACCAUCAUCAAUGACUACAUCACGUCCCAGCAGAUGCACCACAACGCUGCGGCCACGGCCAUGGCGCAGCGGGCGGACAAGAUUAAAACACUCUCUCAGAGGGAUUCCUCCCCAGCAUUGCUUCCUGCUCCAGCCAAGCCGCGGCAGCUCAGCAGCAUCCUGACAGUCCUCUCACUUCUCUCUUCAGGCAUUAUCGACUUGUCCCAAGUGCCACACCUGCCCGUCCUUGUGCCCCCUACCCCUGGCACCUCUGCCACCACCAUGGACCGCAUCACCUACAUCCCCGGCCCCCCCCAGACCUUCGGCCGAGGCCCCACGCACAUGACCAAGCAAUCGGGAUCGUCUGUGUCCGAGCGGGAGCGGGAGCGAGAACGGGAGCGGGAGCGUGAAAAAUCCAUCCUAGCAUCCACCACGGUGGAGCAUGCACCCAUCUGGAGACCAGGUACGGAGCAGUCCAGCAGCCGUUCAUCCUCACACUCUCACAGCCACCAGCACUCUCCCGUCUCACCCCGCACCCAUGAGACCAUCCAGCAGCGCCCCAGCGUGCUCCACAACACGAGCAUGAAGAUCAUCUCCUCGGAGACCCCCACCCCUUCUGUCCUGCGAUCCUCCUCCACCACUACCACAUCACCGAUCCGCUCUGCCGCCUUCCCCUCGGCCUCCACCCUGCGUUCCUCCAUCAGCUCAGCGGACGGCUACGCGACCCCAAUGGACCCAGCCAUCCUGCAGAAAGAGGCCCCGAGGGCACGGGAAGCCAAGGCAGAACGACCCCAGACUGACAACGUCUUCACCUCAAAGCUGCCAAGUGGAGCCAACCUCGAACAGUCGCCUUCACCCAUUAAAGCCAUGGAGUCAAGACCUUUACCCGCCUCUGGACCUGGUUCUUCUCAUCACUAUAGCAGAGGACAGGGGAAAAGCCAGCAGCACCAUCACCCUCUGGACCAGCAGCACGCAGCCUCGGGCCCUGAGCAGCACAGUAGAGAAAAGAGUCAAAGUAAACGCUUUUCAGUGCAGGAACAGGAGCUCCGAGCACUCGGCUUUCACGGAGGCUACAGCCCUGAGCGGAUGGAAGCAGUGAGUCCUGUGAGCUCUCCCAGCCUGUCCCAUGAGAAAGGGGCCAAGCUGCUGCAGGAUGUGGAGAAGGGGCAUGGGGAGCAUGACCUGAGGCAGAAACAGCAAGGCCCGCUGAAGGCCUCAGCUCCUGAAGCAGCCCACCUGCAGCACCUCCGGCAGCCCGACGGGCCCCAGUGCCAGCCCCUGCAGUCCAGCCAGAGCAUCAAGGGCAUGAACCAGCGGGUAGUCACGUUGGCCCAGCACAUCAGUGAGGUCAUCACACAGGACUACACUCGCCACCACCCGCAGCAGCUCAACUCCCACAUCCAGGCCCCGGUGUACACCUUCCCCGGGGCCACGUGCCCCGUGCUGGACCUGCGCCGUGCCCCCAGCGAGGUGUAUCUGCAGCAGCAGGAUCACACAGCGGCCUCCAGGAUCUCCCCACAGAACGAAGGGGGCAAAAGGUCCCCGGAGCAGAGCAAGGCCUCGGCCGGGAGCGGUGCCGACAACUGCAUCGAGCCGGUCUCUCCACCAGACGGCGUGGGAGAGUCGGAGCACGCCAAGAGCGCCACGUACCCGAUCCUGUACCGCGAGGGCGAGCAGAUGGACCAGAGGAUGGGAUCCAAGUCCCCAGGAAACAACACUCAGCCUCCAGCUUUCUUCAGCAAGCUGACUGAGAGCAACUCUGCCAUGGUGAAGUCCAAAAAACAGGAGAUCAUCAAGAAGCUCAGCACGACCAACAAAAACGAGACGGAGUACAAUGUUGGGCAGCCUGGGACAGAGAUUUUCAAUAUGCCAGCGAUUACCGGAGCAGGGCUAAUCAGUUGUAGGAGCCAGUCGGUCCAAGAGAAUUCCAGUACCAACAUGGGGUUGGAGGCAAUAAUUAGGAAAGCCCUAAUGGGUAAAUAUGACGAGCAGUGGGAAGAGCGCUCACCUCUCAGUGCCAAUGCUUUUAACUCUCUGAAUGCCAGUGCAAGCCUGCCCGCUGCUAUGCCCAUAACUCCUGCUGAUGGACGAAACGAGGACGUGCGCUCCUUGCCAG